AUGUGGUAUACAUUCGUGUUUUUUGUUAACAUACCACUCGUUCUACUUCUUCAUGUAUCCAUGGUGGAUGUUCCUUAUUGGGUAAAGAAAUCUAUAUCAGAUGAAGUGUAUGGAACUAAGAGAUCCAUAGAAAAUAAUACAAGACUAUUAAGAUUUCAAAUAAAAUAUUUGAAAAAACAGAUAAAUGUGAAGUGUAUAGAAAAGUAUUGGCAAUUGAAGAAUCAUCUUGAUAUAAUGAAAGGUAUAACGGUUCCUCUGGCUUCUAAAUUGAAAAAAUGUUUUAGUACUCAGAAACUGUUUUAUGAAAAAAAGAUACGUUAUUAUACACCGAAUAAAUGUAUGCAAUAUAGACCAUUGAAACAUAAAGAUAUUGAUGUAUUACAUAAUCGAAUAUUUCAUAAGCAUCAAGAAAUCCUACUACUUAAUAUUGAUUUAUUUAAACAUCAAUUUCUGAUAGAUAUUAUGAAGGAAAUGAAUAGUUCAAGUGGAAAUAUAACCCGAAUACGAUUUACCGAAAAGAAUAUUGGUCCUUCAGCUAUUUGUCUUUGA